GAAGGUAUUUAGAAGAUGGAGUGAUAAAUACAUCAUUGUCUAGUAGUGUUUGUCAAGUCUUAGCUCUUUCCUCUUAAGCUUCAAUAAUUUUAAAGCUCACCUUUGUUUCAGAUUUGUUUUUAACUUGUAACAGUAUUUUUUUUUUAUACAAAUACUCUGUCAGGGGCAGUGGUAGAGGUUUGUACACUGUACACUUACAUUUCACUCUCUCUAUUGUUAACAUUUUAUUUCUUUUGCACUUUCUUAGUGGCCAGACUGGCUCAGGUAAAAGUUUUACUAUGUUUGGUCCGUCUGAGAACUUGGAAAGCUCGUGGUGUGAUUCCCAGAAGUUUGGAGUAUCUCUUUAGUGUAAUAGCUCACCAACAAGAUCAUGUCAGUAAAAAAACAGUUUUUGUGUCACUGCUCCUUUUUAGAAAUCUAUCAAGAGCAAAUCUUUGAUCUUUUGGAUACAGCUUCACAAGGUAUUCGCUUAUGUAAGAAUAUGAACAAAGGUGUCUUUGUAGAUGGACUCAUUGAGCAAGUUAUCUGCAACCCAAGAGAUGCUUAUCAGAUCUCCAAAAAUAGAGGAUUUGAAUCUUUCUUUCAAAGAUUAUCAAAAAAUCUUUUUACAGGAGGAUUCAUUUAAGAAAUUGUAUGCUGUCAAUAGUAAACUUCAACAAGAAAAUCAAAACUUGCUGGAAAAGUUGAUCUUUAUGAAUCACUUAGAGAAAUUUGAAAAAGACAACAAAGUUUUACAAGCUAUGUUGAAGCACACAGAAGUUUGUGAGCAGAAAGCUCCUGAAGUGCCAAAUUUUCAAGUUAUUAAGAAUAUUGAAUCAGCCUAUAGCCGCAAGAUGGAAGAGUUUGAGAGGUCAAUCUUUGGCAAAGAUAAAAAAGUAGCUGAGUUAUUAUUUGAAGUAGCAAAAUUAAAAGAGGAACUUCACCUUGCAGGGAAACACAUGCAUCUGUUCUAAAAGACAGGAAUUGCAAUAGAAUGGGUGCUGCUGAGGCUUUUCAAGUAUUUCAGAGUGCUGUGCCUAUGCAAGGAGGUGCUAUUGGUGAGCCUGGAGAGAGAAAGUCAUCUUCAGAAAAAAAUGGCUCGGUUAGAGGAAGAACUCUAAUAAAAGAAACAAAAAUGCCAGAAAUAAAUGAACAAUCUUGGAGAAGUAAAAAAAGUGAAUGAACUAAUAACAUCCUUUUAAAGAGUCACUGUUUUUGUAAAAGCAGUAUAAAGUUUGUUUUUUUAUACCAAUCAAUGGUUAUAAUUCAAAUGAAAGCCACUUCAUUCUUCUUAAAAAAUCCAGUACAAGAGAUACAGUACUUGUAAGCAUGUCAAUGAUUGGUUGAAUUCUACCAGUAUUUGAAUUAACGUAUAUUUUAGUUUGAUGCCCAAGAUUGGCAUUGACUCUAGACAAAUAAUUGUGUUUAUACACAGUUUGACUGUAAAAGAAAUAUGUCGAGAUAUUUUUGUUAAGAUUUUUCUUAAGUUCUACUACACUCUUUUAGUCAAUAAGUUCUACAAUGGAAUUUAAAAAGAUGUUUAUGGAAAUUGUCUUUCAUUUCACUAGCCAUUUGUUUCUCAUAAAAAUUGUGGAAUUGAAAAUGUCUGUUACAUGUGCUUCUAUAUCUAAUAUUUAUGAAUAUAUAUAUAGAAUAUUCUCUGCUUAAAAGUAUGCUUUAUUGGAAUAUGUUUGAUGUCAAUACUUGUAAUAAAAUGAACAAGAGGUGUUUCACUCUAGUAGUUUAAAUUUUCAUAAGUUAUGAACUAGAGGCCUUAAAUCAAAUUGACUACUUUUGGAUAAAUUUGUCAUCUCUGUAACUGUAAUGUAACUAGGCCUCAAGGUUUCCUAAAUUGAGCAAAGAGAAAGAGCAUCCACAUUUAUCUUUUUUCUAGAAAGAACAAAAAUAAAGCUCAAAUAUUUCUCCUAUUUUGACACAAAUUAAGAAAAAUAAUAUGACCAUUUUUGUAGGAGCACACAAGGUUGAAUUUAUAGGUAGGCUAAUUAGGCAUGGUUGUAUUUUACACAGCUACAACUGUAUUAAUACAUAAAUAAGCUGUCCUAUUGUAAAUAUGUACUGUACAUAAAGAAUUAGUUAUUAGAAAUAGCUAUUUGAUCUUCAUGUAUUGUCUUGAAUCCUUUUUUUUUUUUGUUGGUGUUUUGAUUUUUCUGAAUAACUUAUAUGUUAAACUACCUGUAUAAUGUGUUUGUAAAUAUUCAUAUCAGAUAAUUUCUAUUGCUGUUUAUUAUGACAGUCUUAAGUUUAAGGAAGUUGGAAGUUUUUGUUUAUGUAUCAACACAGACCAUGAGCUCUAUUAUAACUGUCUGUCUGGUCUUUCAGUUUUUCUUUGGGUCAUCUUUGUUUCAUUGUGGCAGUCUGUAUUUAUAUUUAGUGUAUUCUUGCCAUUUUAUGCCCAUAAUUGAACCCAGACUCCUUUGGUUCAAUCCUUCUAGCACCCUUAAAUGCUUUGCAUGUAGCUGCCAAAUCUGAGAGCCAUAAUGAAGUGCUUCGAGGCCACUGCCUGGUAGAUAUGUAACUAUUUAUCUAUCACUAAUUGCAAAGUUUGGGCCCUCUGAGUCCACCCAACUCUAAUGGGUACCUGGCAUUAGUUGAGGAAAAGUAAAGGCGGUUGGUCAUUGUGCUGGCUACAUGAUACCCUCGUUAACUGUAGGCCACAGAAUCAGAUGACCUUUACAUCAUCUGCCCUAUAGACCACAAGGUCUGAAAGGGGAACUUUACUUACUUACUUAAUUGCAGAAGUGUUGUACAUAAAAACAUUCCGUACUCAAGUUUAACUGCCAUUAGUUAGAAUCAAUAUCUUAAAUAGAAUAAGGUGUAAUUUUUAACAUUAAGCCACAGAAAUGUGACCCUACAAUGACUAUGCUACGAGUAGUAGUUGUUAUUUAUAAUUAUAGCAAUCAAUUUUUUUGUUAAAGGCCCCUAGCACUAUUAGAUCUUCAAAUUAGCUUAGUGAUAUUGUAAUAUGUGAUUUAUAUUAGCUGAUAUUUUAUUGCUUUCAUGGAUUAACAAGAAUUGGUUCUGUUACUUUUCAUAACAUUUGUCAUUACACCACAACUGAUGCCUUGCUGAACAAAAUGUUCUAAUGAGUGAAAAUAAAGUUAUUUAUUUUC